GUAGUUUUUAAAAGGAGGAAAUGUACCAUGAGAAGUAAAAGACAGCGAAAUUUAAACUACAAAUCCCAGCGUAUAGCUAAAUGGCCAACCUCUUCGCUCCCUGCUCCCUCCCUCGACCGCCCCUGUUUUGUUGUUUGGCUAAAGAUGGCGUUAGCGGCUAACACAGGCGAUUGCAUUUUGUUUCACAAAAAUUAUUCAGCCAGUGGUAACAAAACAUUGAUCAAUUAGAGCUUUAAUCCGUCAUUUGAUGUGUAAAAAUGUAUUACAUAGAGAUAAUAAACGUCUGUCACGUAAAAUAACGAUUGUUCGGCCUUAUCACGAUGUAGGCCUGUUUUUAAGGGAGUGGACCGAAGCUGUUGGAACUCCAUCUCCCAUCAGCGAGUGCGAAGUCAGGUGGUACAACUUUCCUUUUUCAUGGUAUCUGUAGUUUUCUGACCACUCCAGACUGUUAUAUUUGCGGAAACUUUGAAAAAAAUGUGGACAAACUCUUUCACCAGUUGAGUUAACAAGCUAAACUUUAAAGUGAAAGGACAUGUUAUUUGAUUUCACAUUAUUUCACUGGAAGCGUCCAGUGCAGUGUGCACAAUAUCUGUCUAAACUGAGAGAGGAAGAAAAUUAAGAUAAUUGAACCCAGAGCAAGCCAAGCAGAGGUACCAUGGCUGCAUCACCUGUUCAAGGUGACUGGAAACAAUGUCGAGCAUCCUCCAGAGAAGGGCACACAUCAUCACCCGAGUCUUCUUUGACCUGGUGCUUGGCUCACCUUUCCAAGUCUGGAUCAGGGACUGAACAUCACGGGCAGGGCAAGGCUGACCCGGGCGGUAGCAGAGAACCGGACAAGAGGUCCAGAGUAUUUCAGUGGCGAGCCCUGGUUGCUAUCCGGACGCAACACAUCAAGGGUGACAAGGCUGGCAUUGCUAGGUUCAGAACUAAAGGUGGGCUCCGGCUCCUGUUGGACCUGCUCAAACGCACAGAGUGCUCCAGGAAAACACUGGACCUGGCUCUGAGCAUCCUGGCAAACUGUUGCACUGAGCUGGAGACACGCAUAGAGGUUCGUAAGCUUGAUGGAAUAAACGUUUUAGUGGAGAUCCUGAAGGAAAAUGUAGCCCAGGAGACCGUCCAGAACCGAGCAGCCCGGGCUUUGGGAAACUUGGCAAUGGAUCCAGAGAGCUCUGCACUCAUCCACUCUGCUGGUGGUGUUCCUCUUCUCCUUUUUUGUGUUUCUCUUUCUUCUGGCCCGUCCUCCCCCACUGCUGCUCCACCCAAAGAGCCCUGUCCUAAACUGGAGUGUGCCCAGUCGGCUGCUCGGGCUCUCCUCUACCUCUCAGACACGCCCUCUAACCGCCUGUCACUGCUGACCCAGGGGACCUUAUCUUCUCUCGCCCCUCUCAUCGCUCCAGAAUAUCCCCAGGGGCUUAGGCGUGCGGCGCUCAGGACCCUCCACGAGCUGACCCGGGGUUGUGGUGUUGAAUGUGCCAGGGAGGUGUCACGUUCUGGGGUCCUCGCUCAGCUCGGUGUCAUGGCGUUGGGGGAGUCUGGUAAACCUUCCGAAGAGCUGGCACUGAAAACCCUGGCGAACAUGUGCUCCCAAGGCUGCCUGCGCCCUCUUGUGGGGUCACUGGGGGUCAUUCAAAAGUUCACAGAGGAGGUCAAGAGGGACCCGCUGAAGUCUGGAGUCUUCCUCAAGGCGCUGUGCUUGUGCUGCAAGGAGGCGGUAAACCGGGCCAAGGUGAAGGAAAGUGGUGGAUUGGAGGUGCUAAUUGGCUUUCUGGCGGCCCAUCAGAGACAUCCCCUCUCCCGAUUAGUCAUCCUGGCUUGUGUGGACUUUGUUUUUGAUGAAUCUGCUAUGGAGCAGUUGCAAGAGUUAGGGCUGGUCCCUCUGCUUGUUGCCCGACUGGUCGAGCUCUCCAAAGGUGAGGAACAAUCUGCUGAGAAGAUGGAUGUGAACCUCUCCUCCAGGAUGUCUCCCACUGAGCUCCUGCCCUCAUCAUGUUUUGACUCCUUUGACUUUCCUCCUCCUCCUGAGGUCUGCAAGAAGGAAGAAGCUGGAAAGGAUCAAGGUCUUUGUUCAUCAAGCUUUUUAAGUCUCAGGUCCUGGUUGGUGUCUGAGGGAUUGAUCUCUUCAGAGGGUGACCUGCUUGAUUCCUCUGGUGUGGAAGGGGAAUGGGCGAGUCUUCAGAUCCCACAGUCUUCUUCACCUCAAACCUCUUCUCCAAACCCCGAUUCCCUUUCCUCUCUUAAAAACUCUUCUCCAUCCAACUCUACUGCACUUUCUAAAAAAGCUGCUCUGCCAUCCCCUGUGUCGUCUUCGGCCCAGCCCCCACUGUCAUCCUCAUGUAAAAUCACUGAUCCACCUCCCUCUAGUAGUCCUCAACCCUCUUCCACUAUCUCCUCUCCCAGUAAAACAACCCAAACACCAGUCUCUCCAUCAAAGUUCUCGUCCCCUAACAGAAGGAGGCAGCGUGCUCAUUCAGCAGCUUGUUUGACUAAAGUAACUCUUGAUACCCCCCCUUCUGUGCCACGCCCAAUGGCUUACCACCACCCCUACCACCCUGAACCCUGGACGCCCGAGUCGCCCAUCCUGCUGCUGCUGUCACGCUUCUCCCACGCCACAGACCCAAGUGCUGCUCUUAUCACCUCAGGUAUCAUGUCCGGCUUGCUUUACUACCUCACCCAUCACCAGGACCCGAGCGGAAGAUGCUUCCGUAUGCUGUGCCGGCUGAGUUGCAACCCAAACUGUUUGCAGGCGCUGGUCCGAACCGGCUCGGUCGCACUCAUUCGUCAUCAUCUCUGUCAGAGAGGGGGAGGAUUUGAGGGAGAGGAGAGGCAGACGGACCGAGUGAAAGCCAAAGUUAAACAACUUGGUUAUGCUCUUCUUAACAAUCUGCGUGUCCAGUGUGAGUCUGGAUUUGGCUCUGGGGUUGUUGCCCAUGUGAUGCUGUCAGGCUCCGAGUCUGACAAGACGAACUGUGCGCUGUCUCUGCCAUUGAUCAGCAGCAACAAGUCCCUGUUAAAGAAACUUCUUCUGGACAGCGGUGGGCUGCUCUUGGCUCUUCAGCCCCUUGGUUGCGAUGACAAUGAUGUGGAUGAAGACCCCCCCACUGCGCAUUCUGGCCUGACUUCUCAGCUCCACUCGCUUUUCUCCUCCCUCCUGAUUGGAUGCCUGUCCACCUUGACGGGGGGCAUCAAAAUGGAGCUUGUCAAAAAACAUCUAAAUCCAACUACAACAAGGUCAGUCAGUAAAAUUGACAACGUUUCACCCCCUUCCUCAAAAAGGCCACGCCUGGCUGACACCUGUCCUUAUACAGACUCGAACUUUGACCUCCUUUUGCUGCUGGACGACGGGACUCGGUUCCGAGCCAACAGGGAGGCAGUGGCCGGGGUGGAGGAGACAGGCGGGGUCCGCUCUGAAUACUUUUGGGCUCUGUUGAGAGGUGGAUUUGGAGAAGCUCAGGGUAAUGUGGAAGAAGCCAUCCACAUUAAAGAUGUCAGCACAGGUAUGCUUCUACCAGUGCUGCAUUAUCUGCAUGGAUGUCGCUUCACCAAGGACACAGAAACAACCAGGGAAAGUGAUGAAGGAGAGUGGGGAGGACGGUGUCAGAUCUUGGACAAAUUGGUCCUUGAAGGACUAGGGAUCUGCCAAAAAGAGAGCAAGGAUAACUCAAGAGGAGACUUUGCUUUCCAGAAAACCGCUUUAGGUGAGAUGAUGAUUGGAGCGUGCAGAUUCUUGGUGACUGAGCUGCAGAGAGAGUUGGAGAAUCUCUGUGUGUCUCUUCUCCUAUCCUGCUCCACCAAGACUGCUGGUGGAGCGGCCUCAGGUUCCACAGUGGAAAAGGCUGAAAAUGCUGCGUCUAAAAUGGAGCAAGAGCGCAUCUGGUCUGCCGAGGAGAACCUGGCCAAUCGGACAUCCGAGUUAGAGUUGACGGGUUUUGAAGUGCAAACAGAAAUUUUUCCAGGACAGACGAAGAAAACAGACACUUCCCGGCACCAGACCGAAGUAAAUAAAAUCUCAUUAGCUGGAACGGUUCAAAAUGCCAGCGGAGGACUCAAUACAAUCAAAAGAACAACUCCAGUUUUGAAAUCAAGCUCUGCGUCAGUGCUGGACAAAUCACUUGAUCCAGAAAAGCUGCGGUUAAGACCAAAGAACUUGAAAGGUUCAGCACAGCGUUUGAAAUUAGCAGGUCGGGACUUAUCCUCAGUAGGCAGUGCAGAAAGUGGGGCCCUAGCUGCCCUCCUACCCCAGGUGUACUGGUUUUCCCAGCGGUACAGCUACCCAGCACUGGGUCGGGUAUGCUUGUGUCUGCUGCUGGGCUGUCAGGACUGUCCCCAGCCCUUCUUGACCUCCUCCCUUGCUGGGGAUUGCCUUCGCAGACUUGCCAGAGAGGCGGACUGUACAGAGACACUGAAACAGGAUCUACUAAGUCUGACCGCGGUAGCUCUAAGCUAAGCAAGGGAAAUAGGGGAGUGGUUGGUUGUGUCAAUUCAGAGGGCACAUAUUAAGUGAGACUGACUGUUGGGCUUGUUGGAAGCUUCUAGAAAAGUUAGCAUUGUAUUAAUUUGACCAAAUGUCUGAUAGUACAAGUGCAGGCUACACAACAUCACGAUUACCUGAAAAACUGCUGUAGGAAUCUCUUGAGCACACUUGAGAACUGGCUGUUGAUUUAUUUUCAUAAACUGGAAGCAUACAUUUUAAUUUAGUUUUGAUGUCAUCUGAUAUGAAUUGUAGCCUGUCCCAGCAUGACAUAAUUGUAUCAUAAUUUACUAAUGACGUUUUUGGGUAGUGAUUUUUAUUUUUUUUGGUUAAAAGUUUAAGAAAGAAGUCGCAAUGCAUUUGGUAAAUGUCAUUUAGCUGGAAGUACUGGAAUUAUCAGGGUUGGUCUAGAAGCCAGUUGUUUAUUUUGUACAUAAAGAUAAUAUGGAUUAGCAGACAUACACUGUAUAAACUCCAACUGUCCCCUAUAAGUGUGUGUGUGUGUGUGUGUGUGUGGUCUCAUGAGGAUGAACCGUGAUUGGCUGACUUUUCAUUUAGUGCCACCUACAAGUCAAAUAAUCCACGUUUCCAACAAGUGGCAUGCUAAUGCUACUUAAUGUUAGCAUUUCAAAGAAUAAGGCUGAGACUAGCAAUGUCCGAUAUUUUUCUUAUUGUCAGCAAACAGUAUUAA